AAAUUUCUACUCUUCUAUUCCUUAUUUAAAUUCUCAGCAUCCCUAGAACCACGACUACUUCUACCUGGGUCAUCAAAUCCGAAUAGAAUUGAAAUCGCAGUCAACAUGGCGCCUACAGCUGAAGAGGUCACCGAAACGCCAAUUCCUUAUGUCGAAGGCCAAGUCUUAAGCUUGAAAGACAUAGAUGGAAAAGAAUUGUCCGUAACUAUUACGAAAGUAUAUCGAGUCACCAUAUCACCUGUGAUGGAGGUUCAGAUCCGAGCAAGCGGCGAGACCGAGUACCAAGAAGCCGUACUUAAAAUGUUCGACCGUCGCUUUGGUGAGGACCGAUACUUUUACGACGACACGAAGCGUGUGCCACAUACCGAACAACGAGAAGCUGCGUGGCAGGAGUACGUGCGUCAGGGAUUAGAAAUGCAUCUCCUCACAUUUAUCGAGAACCACAGGAAGGAGUUCAGGUUAAAGCGUAUUCGGUAUUUAGAUGGUUAUGAUGACCCCAAUGAACCAGAAUGGAUGAGUUUCGGCAAGCAUGAGGCAAUCUUUCAUUGGAAGGCGCACGCUAAAUACAAAACCGAGAUCGAGGCGUAUCACGAGUUGAAGGAGCUGCAAGGCCGACGUGUUCCUCAACUCAUAUCAACCGUAACUCUAACCCUGCCAUCGGAUCGACCCGAUCUCCCGCCCAUCUAUUUUGAGAUUCCUGGUAUCUUGCUCCAGAAAAUCAACGGCUUUACCCUCUCGAAGAUGUUUCGCGAGGUUGACAAUCCAAUGUUAUGGAAACAGAUCACCCAAGAUGCGAUCGAAGCAGCAAAAUACGUCAAUCGCGCCGGCGUCAUCAAUUUCGACAUGCGACUCCAGAACGUGGUAGUAGCCCGGUUGGACGAUGGCGGAUUUCAACCUUUCAUGAUCGAUUUCGCGCAGUCUACAUUCAGACGGAACUAUAAGGACACGGAUAAUCCCCAGGAUCCUGCUGGUUACGAGUUUAAUGCCAAAAAGAUCCGCAACCCAGGGGUUAUUGCGAUACUUGCGAGCGAUAAGGCCUGGAGAAAAGAGGGAUGCAACUUGAAACUCGAGUUCAAGUAACAAAGGGAGGACAAUCUACUGAAACACUGGACUUGAUGAUUUGACUAGGAACUAAGAGGUAACUAUUUUUGGUGAAAUGUUCACCCAAGUUACCAAGGUUGCUACUUUAUACGAUCUCACUCAUAAAUAGCAUCGCUUUCGGAUUCGGUUAAGUAUAUAGACUAUGAUAGAUGAAACUAUACCAAGUGGAAUAAUCCAUACCCCCAUGCUCGUAGUCUCAUCCUUCGGAUUUAGUACCGGUGAAGAGUCAUCCGGAAGAUUACGUAAGGUAGAUAGUGCAGCCCCUAAUUGUACUUAGAACU